AUGAGUUUAGCUGCAUAUGCGUAUGAAGCUGACAGAGCUAAACGUUUAUAUUUUGGUCAAUACUCUCUCACACUUACUGACAAAUAUAUUGUUAUCAGUGAUGGAAAUACCGAGAAAUACAUAACAUGGAAGGACUAUGAAAAGUUUGACCCUAUUUUAACUCCAUGUACAAUGCCAUUCAUUGUAAAUGGUGAAGUUGUCAUGAAGAACGACACAACAGUAUAUAAGUCUGUAUAUGAAGCAUUAGAAUAUAUGUUGAAUUAUAAUCCCGAAAGAUUUGACCCAAGCACUACACCAUGUGCAAUGCCUUUUAUUAAGGACGGUGAAAUCGUAAGAGUUCCGGAUUCAACGGUUUAUACUGCUGUUCAAAACAGUUUACAAAACAUUUUAGCGAAUAUCUUUAAUUCAGAAACUACAGAAAUAAAAUUACCAUAUAUAACAGAUGCUAAAGAAAUUAAAUCAAAAACGACAACAUUAUUUACGUCACUUAAUGAUUUAAUGACUUAUAUCAUUAAUAUUCCUGCACCAACUACAGCAUUUGAUCCAAACUCGACGGUUUGCAGUGUACCUUUCAUAAAGUCGCAAAGCGACCAGGGCGAAGCCCAUGACAGUUCAUUAAUUACUUUAAGGGAUUCAACAGUUAAUGAAUCAUUAAAGGCGUCAUUAAUGAAAAUCAUUGAUUUUAACUCAUUCACGAAUACAUAUAAUUCAUUCAUUAAUGUUUCAUAUGCUUCUAAAGAAGGUGAGCCAAAAACUAUCGAUAAAGCGGUGUAUGAAAUAAAAGCAUCAACGACGAAAUUGAAUUCGUUAACUUUUGACGGUGAUAGUUUCGUUAAUGACAUAACAUCGGGGAAAAC